AUGGGCAACGCGGGCAGCGUGGACGCUCAGCAGACGGAGCUGAGGGCGCACAGCGUCCCCCUGAAGCUGCCCAUGCCCGAGCCCGGAGAGCUGGAGGAGCGCUUCGCCGUGGUGCUGAAUGCCAUGAACCUGCCUCCCGACAAAGCCCGGCUGCUGCGGCAGUACGACAACGAGAAGAAGUGGGAGCUCAUCUGUGACCAGGAGAGAUUCCAAGUGAAGAAUCCUCCACACACUUACAUCCAGAAGCUGAAGGGAUAUCUGGACCCAGCAGUGACCAGGAAGAAAUUCAGGAGAAGAGUCCAGGAGUCGACUCAGGUGCUCCGAGAACUGGAAAUUUCCUUGAGGACAAACCACAUUGGGUGGGUCAGGGAGUUCCUGAAUGAAGAGAACAAAGGCCUGGAUGUCCUGGUGGAAUACCUGUCCUUUGCCCAGUAUGCAGUCACAUUUGACUUUGAAAGCCUGGAGAACAGCCUGGAGAGCUCCAUGGACAAGUCCAAGCCCUGGAGCCGCUCCAUCGAGGAUCUGCACAGGGGCAGCAAUCUGCCCUCUCCCGUUGGGAACAGCGUCUCCCGCUCCGGCCGACACUCCACUCUCCGGUACAACACCCUGCCAAGCCGAAGAACCCUCAAAAAUUCCCGAUUAGUGAGUAAAAAGGAUGAUGUCCACGUGUGCAUCAUGUGCUUACGGGCCAUCAUGAACUACCAGUAUGGAUUCAACAUGGUCAUGUCCCAUCCUCACGCCGUCAACGAGAUUGCACUAAGUCUGAACAACAAGAACCCCAGGACAAAAGCCCUGGUCCUGGAACUUCUGGCAGCAGUUUGCCUGGUCCGAGGGGGCCACGAGAUCAUCUUGUCUGCAUUUGAUAACUUCAAGGAGGUGUGUGGGGAGAAGCAGCGCUUCGAGAAGCUCAUGGAGCAUUUCAGGAAUGAAGACAACAACAUUGACUUCAUGGUGGCCUGCAUGCAGUUCAUCAACAUCGUGGUGCACUCCGUGGAGGACAUGAACUUCCGAGUGCACCUCCAGUACGAGUUCACCAAGCUGGGCCUGGAUGAGUACCUGGAUAAGCUGAAGCACACAGAGAGUGACAAGCUGCAGGUGCAGAUCCAGGCCUACCUGGACAACGUGUUCGACGUGGGGGCUCUGCUGGAGGACGCUGAGACCAAGAACGCAGCCCUGGAGAGGGUGGAAGAACUGGAAGAAAACCUUUCCCACUUAUCUGAAAAACUCCAGGACACGGAGAACGAAGCCAUGGCCAAGAUUGUGGAACUGGAAAAGCAGCUGAUGCAGAGGAACAAAGAACUGGACGUGAUCCGGGAGAUCUACAAGGAUGCCAACAGCCAGGUUCACACCCUGAGGAAGAUGGUGAAGGAGAAGGAGGAAGCCAUCCAGCGCCAGUCUACGCUGGAGAAGAAGAUCCACGAGCUGGAGAAGCAGGGAACCAUCAAGAUCCAGAAGAAAGGGGACGGGGACAUCUCCAUCCUCCCUGUGGCCCUGGGCUCUGGGAUGGUGCCAGCAGGAGCAGAGGCAGUGCCAGGCACCUGUGCCACACCUGGAGCUGCCUCCUCAGUGCCACUGCCCCCGCCCCCGCCCCCCCUGCCCGCCCUGCCAGGCUCACCUGAGGCAGUGCCCAACGGCCCCGUGGCAGUGCCUGUGCCACCUCCACCACCUCCUCCUCCUCCUCCUCCUCCUCCUCCUCCUCCUCCUCCUCUCCCAGGCCCAGCUCCGGAUGCAGCUCCGGUGCUGCCACCUCCACCACCGCCCUCGGCUCCCCCCCUGCCCGGCACAGCCUCUCCCACCGUGGUCUUCAACUCUGGCCUGGCAGAUGGGCCCAUCAAGCUCUUCUCUGUCAAGAUCAAGAAGCCCAUCAAGACCAAGUUCCGCAUGCCCGUGUUCAACUGGGUGGCCCUGAAGCCCAACCAGAUCAACGGCACCGUCUUCAACGAGAUCGACGACGAGCGCAUCCUCGAGGAUCUAAACGUGGAUGAAUUCGAGGAGAUAUUCAAAACUAAAGCCCAGGGCCCAGCCAUGGAUCUGACUUCCAGCAAGCAGAAGAUCCCUCAGAAAGGCUCCAACAAAGUCACGCUGCUGGAUGCCAACAGAGCCAAGAAUUUGGCCAUCACGCUGCGGAAAGCCGGGAAAACGGCGGAUGAGAUCUGCAGAGCCAUCCACGUCUUUGACCUGAAGACGCUGCCGGUGGAUUUUGUGGAGUGCCUGAUGCGGUUCCUGCCCACGGAGAACGAGGUGAAGGUGCUGAGGCUCUACGAGAGGGAGAGGAAGCCCCUGGAGAACCUGUCGGACGAGGACAGGUUCAUGAUGCAGUUCAGCAAGAUCGAGAGGCUCAUGCAGAAGAUGACCAUCAUGGCCUUCAUCGGCAACUUCGCCGAAAGCAUCCAGAUGCUCACCCCGCAACUCCACGCCAUCAUCGCUGCCUCUGUCUCCAUAAAGUCAUCCCAAAAACUUAAGAAAAUCCUGGAGAUCAUCCUGGCCCUUGGGAAUUACAUGAACAGCAGCAAACGAGGGGCUGUGUAUGGAUUUAAACUGCAGAGUUUAGACCUGCUCCUGGAGACGAAGUCGACGGAUCGGAAGCAGACGCUGCUGCACUACAUCUCCAACGUGGUGAAGGACAAGUACCAGCACGUGGCCCUGUUCUACAAUGAGCUGCACUACGUGGAGAAGGCAGCAGCAGUGUCCCUGGAGAACGUCCUGCUGGAUGUGAAGGAGCUGCAGCGGGGCCUGGAGCUCACCAAGCGCGAGUACACCAUGCACGACCACAACACCAUGCUCAAGGACUUCAUCCAGAGCAACGAGGGCAAGCUCAAGAAGCUGCAGGAUGAUGCCAAAAUAGCCCAGGAUGCCUUUGAUGAUGCUGUGAAAUAUUUCGGGGAGAAUCCCAAGACAACUCCACCCUCGGUCUUCUUCCCGGUGUUUGUCCGCUUUGUGAAGGCCUACAAGCAAGCAGAGGAAGAAAAUGAGCUGAGGAAAAAGCAGGAACAGGCCUUAAUGGAAAAACUCAUGGAACAAGAAGCGCUGAUGGAGCAGCAGGACCAAAAGUCCCCUUCCCACAAGAGCAAGCGGCAGCAACAGGAGCUGAUCGCGGAGCUGCGGCGCCGGCAGGUCAAGGACAACCGGCACGUGUACGAGGGCAAGGACGGAGCCAUCGAGGACAUCAUCACAGCCCUAAAGAAGAAUAAUAUCACUAAAUUUCCCAAUGUUCACUCGAGGGUAAGGAUUUCUUCUAGCACAGCCGUGGUGGAGGAUUCCCAGAGCUGGCAAGCAUCACUUUUUACUUGGCUUCCUCCUCUCUCUCUGUGCCAGGCAGCUGGUGGUAGAUGUGGCUGGGCUAAUACUGGUGAGACCCUCGAGGCCACUUGAGACCCAGAUCCUUGAUUUUCACCUCUGGAGGUGCAGGGAUCCACAGGAUGUUGGCUGGUGCCCAUCAUCACUGUUUUGGCCACUUCUCAAGUUGAGCCCAAAACAGUCUCAUCCCCAGGUGCUGUUGGUCAGUGACAAUCUUCACACUCCAUUUUGGCAAUUUUAAUUCAAGUCCAGCCCAAAAUGAUCUUGUCCCCGGGUGCUGUUGGUCAGUGACCACCAUCACAUUCUGG